CCGCGGCUGCCGCCUCUCUCGGGCCGCGAGGAGACGCGGGGCGGGGGUUGGCGCCCGGGCACAGCACGCUGCGCUCAAGGUCGCAGAAGGUGCCAGCCAGAGCCGGCCCAGGCACGUCAGCGCCGCCUGGCCCCGAGCCCGCAGCCGGCGCCGCCCAUCGCUCCCUGGGCGCUGCCUCAGUUGCUUAAAUAGCGGCUCCCGCCGCCGGGCCGGCCAGCAUGAGCCCGGCGCGCUGCCACACCGCCGUCUCCGCAGGUCUACCUCUCUGAACACUAACAGGAGAUGAUAUCUUUCUCCUUUGCAUGAAGAGACAUUUUUGUAAUGUGUGCAGUUGCUGUUCCCAGACCUGGUGGGGAAGAAAAUAAUGGACAUCAUAGGAAGUUUUUUUUCCUUUUUGUUUUUGGAGUUGCAUUGCUGUGCACUGGAUUUCUGCUUUCAGUCUUUAUUUUACAGACGUGCCCAUCUGGAACCUUCAAUGAUUGCAACAGGGCCCUUAAGAUUGCUGGGCCUGUGAUUGUUGCUGUUGGAUUAGUUUGUGGCUUACUGGCACAAUCAAGAGCUAGGCUGUACCUAAGUCAGAGGCAGAUGCAAGGUGAGCAGGUGUACAGGCUCAUUUUUUGUCAAGGGAACUGUCAGUUUGCCCAGUUUCUUAUCUUUGGGUUUUUGUUUUUAGCUAGUGGAGUGCUAAUUAGUUUCCUGGGCAUUUGGGUUCCUGGAUGUAGCCCAGGAAGGCACAGCCUACAAUAUAAUCAAACCAGCACUUCUGAUGUUGAACUCCCAGGCUGUGGAUUUCUGCCUCUUCAAAUCAUGGGUCCUUUGAUUGUGCUUAUUGGAUUAAGUUUCUUUGUAAUAGCUCAUAUUAAAAAGAAAACCAAUUUAAAUCUCAGCCAAGAAUCUUCUGAAAAUGGAGAACAGCCUCAGAGUCCAGAAUCACUUCAAGUUACAGCAGGUGAUGCUGUAAUGACAUUCCCACCCCUCCCACCACCUUAUUUUGCUGACUCUCUAUCACCACCUGUAACUCAUAAGCCACUUGCCACAGAGCUGCCUAUGAGUGAAAAUCCUCCUCCAUACCACAGUAUUGUAAAUAAUGGGGCACAACUUGCACAUGUUCAAGGAAUGGUUUCUGUUAGAGAUUACGAACCACUAUAUGCAAUUCCCGGGAGCAGUUCAUCUUCAGACAUCUUGCCUACUCUGCAUCUUUCAUCUGAAUUACCUCCAAGAUAUGAAGAAAAAGAAGCAACAAUAAAUAGUGAAUAUUCUUCUGGCUCCUCCAUGGCUUAGCCUCUUCUGAGCCUUCCCACAAAGAACUGUGAACUAAAGUUCAUUUUUCUAUGGAAUUGUACACUACAAUUUUAAAGUUCUAAACUUAUUUUUAUAAUAAAAAUUGUAAUGGUUGCAUCUAUAACCUUAAAACAACAAAACUUAAAUUACCAAUUUGGGUUUAGAGAAAUAUUAUGUAACCCUAGGCUUUUUCGGACAACGGUACUCAACAGUUUGGUGAACUGCAACAGCGUUAGAUGUUCAUUGUGUUUUGUUAUGGGUCUAGUGUCUAUUUUUAGCUUUCUUUUAUAUCAGAGAAACUAAGUAGAACACAAACUUUUUUCUGUGUAUUUUGAUCUACUCAAAUCAAUUAGUUUCAGAGCUAUGGCAAAGAAAUAAUUAGAAAGUGGUUUUAUAAGUAUUUGUUACUGUUCUCUAGAAAGUACUUGUAGGAUAAGUUUGCAAAAUUACCAUUUAUUUACUUAGCUUAGAUACAGUUUGAGCAUAUUAGUAAUACUUCAUUUUAGUCUGCCUGAUAACAAAUGCCAUAUAGUUUAAUUUGGAACAUUUAUGUUCAUAGUGGUAAUCCCCACAAAAAUCAGUUUUAGCCAGCAAUUAAGAGCCCCUAAAGCAAAGCUGAGGAUAGUUAAUGCUCUAAUACUUUAACGGUGGAAUGACUAUUUCCAUAAGAAAUACUGGUAUUAUAAAUCAGUCUCUGAUUUAUACCAACAGUAUCAAUUUAUUUUUGAGAUGGACUCUCUUGUGUGGCUGAACGGCAUUUAAAAAUCAGUAUUUUUCAGGAGCAGAGAUUUCUCAUCUAUAAUGUAUUGUGUCUAGAUUCUAAGAUAUGAGAUGUACCUUUAACUGGCAAGUUCAGAGAGCAAGCGUGUCACAGCUCUUUAAGACUCCUUUGAGAUGCACAGCUCCCUCUCCUCUUAUUGACUUCAAAGUACCUUGCAAGAAAGCUCAGUACCUUGCAUACAGGAAUUUACGUGAUAAAUCCUGCAGGACUUUUUAAUUCUUAGGUUAAAACUUAUGCUCCAAAUUUUUUUUAAGAUUAAGGCCUUAUCUAAAAAGCAAGCAUCCUAGAAUUUUAUUUUAACUCCAGCAAGGUGGCUUUUUUAAUUUGGCUACAUCUCAUCCACUUCCUCCUUAAUUUGCACACAAAUUAUGUUCCUGUGAUACUAGGCCCUGAUUCUGCCACCUUUACACUCAGUACCACCUUGCUCUGAGCGUCGGCUCUCUGAAAUCAAUAGGACUGAUCACAGUUUAAGGAUGGCAGAAUUAGGCCCCUCCAUGGGGUUUUUCUUGCUGAACUCCCAACUCUUCACGCACUGAAGAUGAGAGCCUAAUUGUAUCAUACUAUAGGCCUCUGGAUGAACUGAGUCAGAGGUAUGUGAUGUUAGCCAUUCUUAAACAAUAAUAUUUUCAGUAGUCCUCUUACACAUCACUUGGUUUUAUUUUUUCUAUAAGUACUUGCUUUACAGAGGCUUACCUCAGGGUAUGUCUACACUACGAAAUUAGUUCGAAUUUAUAGAAGCAGGUUUUAUUGAAAUCGGUUGUAUACAGCCGAUUGUGUAUGUCCACACAAUAAAAUGCUCUAGGUGCUCUA